AGAGGAACGAAAGAUGAAGUGGCGCUAGGUGCGGUGAAAAUCAAUAGACAUUUGAAUAUGCCCGUCACCGUGAUAUCUUUUUACGUCCCCUUCUAAGAAAUUGAGUUCGUUGCCCCGCGCUGAAGUGAAUACGUAUAAGUAAGCUAAUCCCGUGCAAUAUUGGGGACUCUUCGAGCCUGACACUUUAAUCGUUGGCAGGAGAAGAGGCUUUUAUAAUAGAUAUAAUGUCCUCUAGUCCGAUUUCAUCUCCUAGUCGUGGUGGUUCAGAUAGGAAAUGGUUUUUAGGUAACGAAAAUAAAGUCAUCUGAGAAAGCGCAUUCUGGUCGUGGUAUGGCAAAGAAUACUUUUGAGAGAUCGGAACAAGCUAGUUCAUCUUCAUCUAUGGAACAUCAUCAAGCUAAAUCAUCUAUGCAAAAUCAAGGCAAGAAAACGUCUUCAUUAACUGUUUCACCGAAAAAAAAUCAUGAAGAACAAGAAGCGUCCACGUCCACAGACAAAGCUGCUAGGAACGGGACAGCAACGAGUGCCACAAGCCCAUCAAGUGUCCACAAAGGAGACGAUGUGGAGAAGAAAAGAGCGCAGCAGCAUGACCCAGUGGCGCUGCGGUGUAGCUGCAAAUGCGGAUCUUGUGUUUUUGUGGUCGAUAACGUGAAUGGCAACUUGGCAAAGGGCGUCCAGAUCUUGAACUGCCACUGCCGUGGAUGUCGAAAACACGCUGGCGCGGCUUGGGCCUCCUAUCUCACGCGAAAUGGACAGCCGUUCGACUUCGCGACCGAUAUUUCUGUCGCAUCGGAGGAAUUUGAGGAAAUCGAAGUAGUCUGUAGUACGCUGAAUAAAUUUCACGGUGAAGAUGCAUCAGAGGACGCUGAGGGAGGUCAAGAAAAUGGCCAAAGAAACGGUGCUAUUAAUGCAGAAGGAGGUGCAGCUACAGACGCCUCCUCUGCCAACGGAGAAAGCCACAUAGUUUUAAGGCAACUAGAGGGUCUUUCCGUAUCGCACGACUUCACUUACAGAUCAUCUUCCGUCACACCUAUAACAAAACAGUUUAUAGCACGCAUGGUGCAUGGAGUAGCAUUGAGGGCAUGGAGCGCAGACCUCUAAGGGACGCAAGAAACGCCCCCUUUAGCUCCAUGCAGCUCCACGCGAUCCAUGCACUCCAUGCCAUACGAGCUGGCAAACCUUACGAAUUACUCUGCUAUAUAGACAUGGAUAAGCAGCUUUACUUAGGAAGGUGAUCCAAUGUGACUGUAAAGUAUAUACUAUACAUAGGACGCUGUUCAUCUUUCUGAUUGUCAGACGCUGUCUCUAAUAUGUGCUUCAAAGGUUUUAUGCAAAUUAUGCCACUCGGUUUUGAUGAUGCGUUUCGGUCCCGACAAGAGCCGUGUGGUAGUAGCCGCAGGUGCCAUAGAUGAUGGUGACUAUGAGGAUGACGAUGCAGGUCGCAUACCCUGCGAAGAACGAUGGCCUGAGAAAAAGUAAUUAGUAUGCUUGUAGGACUCUCAUCAUUAUACAUAGCGCAGCUAGACUGACCUCGUCGUAUGAUGUGCUCUUCGUACACGGGACUAUGCCAUCUUGACACCCAGUACCUGAUCAAAAUCAAAUAGAAACAAGUAGAAGUUGUACUUGUAUGGCUUUUUUACGAUGAAAAGUCCAAAUCACUUGACAGGUAUCCUCUCGUACUGCGUCCCUCUGCGGUAGUAACGCGCAACGUUUCGCUAGAUGAGCGCGCAGGCUGGUACGUGAACAAAGCUGGGAUCACUGAAAAAAAGUAUAAACAGCGGGAAAAGGAAGUCCGGCAAGCAACAGCAACGUCCGCUGGAUUGCCAUGGUUAAGAACACUGGUUUUUCAUGAAAGGAAAAUUGACUUUGACUUGUUGAUUAUUGCAAGCGGUCCGGCUCCGGUUUUUUAUGAAAAACUUUGGAGAUUUUUCUAACUCUAGAGGACCCGGAAGUCACGGGUUCGUGCUACUGCGGAAGCUGCCGUUUCGAGGCGCGCAUUUUCCCGCCAGAAUUGCAGCAUUGCUACUGCAGCAUGUGUCGAAAACUCAGCGGCGCUGCAUUUCAGACUUGGGCGUGGGUGUAUAACAAGAACCUCCGCUGGGUCGACGGAACGUCGAAAGGGACGAAAAACGGCGCAAAAGCAGGAGGUAUCGUCUUGUAGUGUUAGUUUUACUAGCUGCAGGCAAUCAAUCAAUCAAUUUCUAUUUCAUUUGCUCGUCCUGUGGGUUAUCAUGUACAAGCAUUCGUUGCGGUAUACUUGUAUGUAAGAACUACCUUAAUCUUGACUUCAUUAGGUCGUUUACCUCCGUCGCUGGCCUUCGAGCAGACAUCAGAUGAGGGAGGACGGCACUUCUGCAAGACGUGCGGGACAUGUAUGUCAAUCGUGUAUGACGAUGAAAAGAAGACGACAACGUGGCUCGCAGCCGGAUGCUACGAUGACGACAGCUUGCGGGAAAGGUCUUCUUCUACAACCGUCAGCAUUGCACAAAAUAAAAAUGUUGUGGCGAAUAAAUCAAAAUCAAAAAAGUCAGGGCAAGAAGUAAAUGGCAGCACUAACAAAUCGCAGCCGAAUGGUAACUACGGGAAGUGGAAAGUCGACACGACAGAUGAGGAAAAUUUAGUAGAUUCCCAGCAAAAGGAGUUGCAAGAGCAGCUGGAGUACGUUUGGAGGCGCGUACAUUUCGUAGGCCAUAUAUGCUGUCUUAGCGUGCAACCAUGGUACAAAGUCCCUGAUGAUGUCGGAUCGGCACGAUUUGACCAUGCUGGGUGA